GGACUGGCGUUCAUGCUCUGGUUGGAUGCAAAUUCAGAACCCAACAAAAACGUGACAAGGUGAUUAUAACUCAGGCACUUUUAGCUAUUGAAAACGGCUCCUCCCCUGAAAUUUGGUUAUCCAUGCUCAAGAAUUAGUUGGCAUCUGAGUUCUCUACUCUUGCACUCCACGGCACUGAGAUGAGAGAGACUCAACGAUCAUUGAUCAGCCCUUGCACAUCACUGAGGUUUUCUCAUUGCAAGCGAUAGAGUGAUCAUGAUUUCACCACUAAUUCAGUUUUUGGCUGGCCUCUUUUGCAGAGUUCGCCCUAGGUCAUUUAGCAGUUAUUGUCACACAGCACUGCGGUAUCCAGAGACGGGCAACUUUCCUCGUGCACAGUCCAACCUAAGACAUGGGGCCCGGUGGCGAUAGGGUUACCCUAUGACGGGUAAGGCUGUGACAUUAGAGGAACGACCUAAAACAGGAGCCACGGCGGAUGGGCAUAAUUGCACAGGCCUAGUCCAGCCUCAUUUUAUUAAAACAAACAGGGGGAGAUGUGGGAAGCCACAUGUGCUGUUGCUGAGUGGCACUGACUACUGCUAGCCACCACGCAUAAGAUUGGAUAAACAACCAAUGUGUACAUAUGCAGGAAAGUUUUUUGCAAAAACACUGCCUGGCCCAGGCAUGAUAAUGAGGUUCUGUAAGGUACUAAGAGAGUAGCCAAUCGGAUGUGAGACAUGCAAAUGAGGCUUAGUGCAUAACCAAUCAGGGUAUGAGACACGCCUCUCCUAGGCCUAUAAAAGCAGCACCAGCUCUGGGCAAAAAGUCUUUUCGCCUCUGCAAUCAAGCUCUCCCAAUAAACGUGUGCAGAAGGAUCCUGUUGCAGCGUCGUUCUUCCUGGCCAGUCGAGCGCGCGCAAGAGUCAAUCCCCUGACUCCUCCAGUAUGUGACACUUUGUCCACAGCCACAAACAUACAUGCGCAUGCACACCCGCCUACAGUUUUUAAAAAGAGUCUCUAAUGUUGCCUACUCCCACGGACAAGAACAGGCAAAGAAGGAGAAAGUAUACAAGGAGAUGACCCAGCUGAAGUCUCAAAUAAACCGCCUGUGCCGCCCUUGCCCCUGGGACUGGACAGUCUUCCAAGGAAACUGUUACUUCUUCUCCAAGUUCCAACAGAACUGGAAUGACUCUGUCAAUGCCUGCAGAAAAUUGGAUGCCCAACUAGUGGUUAUCAAAAGUGAUGAUGAACAGAGCUUCCUGCAGCAGACUUCUAAAGAGAAAGGCUAUGCCUGGAUGGGCCUGUCAGACCUGAAGCAUGAAGGCAGAUGGCACUGGGUGGAUGGCUCACAUCUGCUGUUCAGUUUCAUGAAAUAUUGGAACAAGGGAGAGCCCAACAAUGAAUGGGAAGAAGACUGUGCUGAAUUCAGAGGCGAUGGCUGGAACGAUGCCCCAUGUACAAUUAAGAAAUACUGGAUCUGCAAGAAGUCUGCUAUGUCCUGCACUGAAAAAUGAUAUGUCAUCUAUCUGUAACACCUGUUGGCAAAAUGACCCUGCAGGGUGACUGAACUUA